AUGGCGAUCCAGGAAGCUAUUCCAGAGUCUGUGGAAUGGAACGGGAAGAAGACACCCGUCUACCCGAUGGCAACGGUCAGCUUCGAGCGUCUUCUAUCUCAGGAGCCGGCAGAGCUAGAGAAGGUGGUUCGCUGCUGCGAAACCGAAGGCUUCUUCUACCUGGAUCUACAAGGAAUCGAUGGCCGAAGGAUGUUGGAAGACCAGCAAAAGACUCUCGAGCUUAUGCACCGAUUCUUCGAAUCUCCCAUUGAGGUUAAGAACCAGUAUGGACUAAUUUCUCCACAUCUCGGUUACGAGCCCAUUGGUUCACGCACAGGGGUCUUUAAAGACACCAAGGAUGGCUAUGAGAUGAUCAAGGUCGCUCGAGACGAGAUCCAGAAGUCCAGCCCUCACUUGCCCAGCGUUAUCAAGAACAGUCCAGAUAUCAAGAUCUUAGAGAAUGCUAUUGCAGGAUGCAACAUCAUUACGAAGACGAUCUUGUCGUCACUAUCCUCGGGGCUCGGGCUCACAGGUGCCGCUCGGUUCGAGAAUACUCACCGUAACGACCGCCCAUCCACGACCACGCUCGCUAUGAUGCACUAUAUUCCGUCCGACCCUCAAGCCCAAAAGAUAGGACAUCAGAAGCAUACGGACAUUAGUUCAUUGACCCUGCUAUUUGCUGAACAGUGGGGCCUUCAGAUCCGCCCUCCAGGAGCUCGCGAGUUCGGAUUCGUCCGGCCAAAGGAUGGCUGCGCCAUCGUCAACGUCGGUGACUCUCUGCGGUUUGCAAGUGGCCACAAGAUGCAGUCGUGCAUUCACAGGGUCGUUCCCUUCGACCCAACCGAGCACCGCUACUCCAUCGCGUACUUCCUCAGAGCCGAGGACUCGACCAUGUUUACUGACAGCGAGGGGAGGUACAUCACCGCUGGGCAAUGGCACGAUGAGAAGUUCUUUGCUUUCACCAACCCCCCUGAGCUGCUUUCUGAUGUUCCGCCUUCAAUGAUUCUGGGGGGAAUGAAGGAGGAGGAGGACCAGGAGGUUGCUGUGAGCGCCCCGAGGGAGAUUGCGGUUGAGACGUAG